GUUGUUCCUCCUACGCAUGCGCAGAAGCGUAGAAGAGGUCGAAUUGAAGUUAAUUUUGUUUCUUUAACAAAAGACAGCAAAAUGCCAUCAGACUAUGAUAAAGAUGCGUAUCCAGAGCCUCCCCGCCAGACUCCCAUCGUGGACAAGCAGACGACCCUUCCCAACCCAGCCCUGAUUUUGACUAAACUCUUCUAUUACUCCGUGGACCUCCCUGUCACCACAUUCAGAGAACUUGUGGAGGGUAUCCACUCUGGCAACAAGUACAACUACUACCACCAGAAGUUCCGCCGUGUCCCAGAGCUGACCGAGUGCACAGAGGGAGACUACACCUGUUACUAUGAGGCUGAGAUGCAGUGGAGGAGAGAUCAUAAGGUGGACCAGGAGAUUGUGAAGGUGGUCCAGGAGCGUCUGAGGGCCUGCCAGCAGAGGGAGGGUACCAGCUACCACCAGAACUGUUCCAAGGAGCUGCAGCAGUUUGCAGACGUGGCCAAGGCCUACCAGUCACGCUAUGGGGAUCUGGGAGCCUACGCCAGCUCAAGGAAAUGUCUGAUGAAGCAGAAAGACAGGAUGAUGGCGGCCGAGGCAAAAGCUUAAACAAUAUAACCCCUAAUCACUCUGUUCUAAGUCUCUCUCCUAUGUAUGUAAAUGUAGAGUAAAUAUGUUUAUUGCGAAAAA